CGUACCGUAUCAUCCGUACUGGCAGCGCGCGUCCACGACGCAUACCUGUCGCCCGUCGGACUACCACACAAUCAAACACAUCAUAAACACACCGUAAAAACGCCAUUUACCGAUAUCUGAAAUCGCGUCGGAAUUUUCAACGACAUUAUUUGUCGCCCGUACUGAUAAGAGCACCGUCGUACACGCGCCGUAACACACUGCACGUCGCACCAUACGGACCUCCGGCAGUUGCACGACAAUCACAACAACCGUUUUUUCGGGAACUGAUUUCGCAAUACUCGCGCAUAGAUUUUCGGCGUAAUUAUCACGCGCGGGCGGGCGCAUUUUCCCGUUUUCGCAGCCGCGGACCACGACAACUCGUACGCCGCCGCCACCGCCACCACAGUCGUCCCGUGCGAUGGAGAUCACAGUGUCCGCGCCGAUCGACUUUAGCGUGUCGGUCAAGAGGACGCCGCCGACGGCCGUCGUCAGGACGCCAUCGUCCGGGGCCGCCGCGGCCGCUGCGGCUGCUGCUGCUGCUGCUGCUGCUGCUGCUGCGGCCGCGACGAGUUGUGCCAGCGGCGCUUCGUCCGCCACCGCCGCCGCGCAGCAAUCUAACGACGGUCGCCGUUCACCCGCCGUACCGUCGUCCGGUUUCCUCAAGUUUGUUCAGCACGAUCACCAGCACCACCAUCACCAUCACCACCACGCAACCAGCGCCGCCGUUAUAAACGCGGCGGUCGUCAACGGACACCACCACAGCAGCGCCGGCGGAAACAGCGCGUUCCGCUUGGUCACCCCGAAAGCCAAACACAACGAUUGCAUAAAGUUUGGUAUCAACCGCCUGGUGGAAAAGUUCAACGAUAGCCGUUCUACCUACGAUACGUCGUACGCUGCAAACAACAACAACAACAUCACCAAGAGCCUCAAUGAACCGGAUGUUGACAACCGUCGCGGUGACGAUGAUGAUGACGAACGAGAAGUGAAAAACAGCCGAUGCAUGAGAGAUUCAGCCCGAAAAAUAUGGUCGCCAAUGAGGAGUUCGCCGUCGCCGUCCUCGUCAUCCGAAUUAGACGUGGAGAGCCGGUUAGGAUCGCCGGACAUCGACGUGACCAAGUGCGGAUCUACUCCGCCACCACCGGCGCAACCACCGCAACCUGCCGUCUCCAUAGUACAGAUGACCACCCGCAAGCCACCCGUAACCGCCAAGAACUCGGAGGCGUUCAGCGUCAGCGCGCUACUCAAGCCGGACGCGCCUCGGACCCCCAGACAUCCGUUCAAUAACCAUCACCAUCACCAUCAACAGCAACAACACCACCAACAGCACCACCAGCAACAGCAAACACCGGCCAUGACAGCCGCUGACACCAUAUCGGUCACCAGAUCGCUGUUGUAUCCGGCUGUCCAGUUUCCGGAUCUGAUCAAAGACACCCGGAAGGAAGUGCAUCUGCACCCGUCCGCGGCCAAUACGUUGCUCCAGAAACACUUUUCUGGUUUUAGCUUUCACCCGCACUUCUAUUCUGCAGCCAACAUGUUGAACCCGUCUAGCAGUUCACCUGAGCAUGCUGGUAGCGGCGCCGGCAGUGGUGGCAGUGGUGACCUACACACUGACAAUAAUCACAACCUACUUACUAGCUCACUGUAUCUGAGUCUGGGUGCCGUCCAGGCUGCCGCCGCCGCCGCUUUUGUUCAUCCGCUAUCGUCAACCGGUAUGAGUUCGCCGGCGACCAAUCCGUUCCACUCCUCAGGUCAACAGCAGACUUCAGGCGGCGUUGUGGUACCUCACCCGUCGGCUGAGGACAUGAUGAAAUUGCGGCAGCAGUUUGCGCCUGGCUCUAACCAGCCGCUAGCCGCCGCGCCACCAUCAGACCCCGGUGGCCACAUGCGACACCAUCACAUGCUGAUGAGGGGGUCAGUCUUUGGAGACGUGUACUCGUGCAUCAAAUGCGACAAAAUGUUCCCUACGUCGCACGGCUUGGAGGUGCACUCUAGGAGGUCACACAACGGCAAGAGGCCGUUCUCGUGCGAGCUGUGCAACAAAUCGUUCGGCGCCGAGAUAAGCCUGAACCAACACCGAUGGCUCUGCUGUCGUCGAUCGGCGCAUAACGUUGAAAAGUUGUUUGAAUGUAAACAGUGUGGUAAAACGUUCAAAAGGUCGUCUACUUUAUCUACACACUUGCUAAUCCAUUCAGACACUCGACCAUAUCCAUGUCAGUUUUGCGGAAAACGAUUUCAUCAGAAAUCUGACAUGAAGAAGCACACGUAUAUACACACAGGUGAGAAACCGCACAAAUGUCAAGUGUGCGGCAAAGCGUUCAGCCAGUCGUCAAAUCUAAUUACGCAUAGCCGGAAGCAUACUGGGUAUAAACCGUUUGCAUGCGACCUGUGCGGUCGUGCUUUUCAACGUAAAGUCGAUCUCCGCAGGCACAAGGAAACGCAACACACUGAUUUCCGGUCGGGAAAUCUCACGUAAGCCAACCACCCACUUCACCACACACACACACACAAAAAAAAAAAAAUAAAAACAAAAAAAAAUGUGUAUAAUAAUUGUCGCGCAUGUAACACUAUAUUAUAAUUCGCACCUGUAUCCACUUUUACAUUACAUCGUUAUACAUUUACAUGAAUAUAUACUUAUAUAUUAUACUAAAUAUGUAUAUAAGUGUCUUAUCGUUUCUUCUGUUUCUUUAUUUUUAAACUUCAUUGUUUACAAAGUUUUUCCAACUUCAAUGGUCAAUGGUAAAUCAUUAUAAUUAAUUAUUAUUAGUAUUAUUAUUAUUAUUGUCGUUAUAUUGAAAUAAAUAUAAAUCGUAGUCGCUGUGUGUACAUAGUGUAUCAUAAUAUUUUAUUAAAUUGUACAUGCGACGACGUGCGACGCCAUGUAUGGCAUGUAUUUCUUAAAUUAAUUUAUAUAAUUCAUAUUAUAAUACUUAAUAUUGUGUAUUUGUAAUAUAUAAUAAACACAAGUCUUAUGCUAAGUAUAAGAUCAAUGAGUAUAAAUAUAGUUAUAUCAUAUAUAUCAUUAUGA